AUGGCUCAGCCACAAAUCUCUCGCAGUGCUACGCAUAACAAUGGACUCAUGCAAAUGAUAGCUCAAAUCCCACCAAUUACGCGCGCUCUGCUUUCGGGAAUAGUUGUUCUGAGUGUACUAUGUCGUAUUGGUAUUUUGCCCUCUAGGUUUCUGAUAUUUUCCAGCUACCACACCUUUAUGAAGCUUCAGCUUUGGAGAAUGUACACAAGCUGUCUUUUAUUACCAAACCAAGCAAUGCCGGCAUUAAUUGAGAUGUAUAAUGUUUACGCGCGUUCUUCUCAGCUGGAGUUAAACCACUUCCAGAAUCGCAAGGUGGAUUACCUGUUCUAUUUGACGUUCAGUAUCCUUACAAUUGUCCUGAGUGUCAUGCUUCUACAGAUUAUGGAUGCUUUCAAUUUAUUAGGAGGUCUCGUACAAAUUCAAUUUGGGCUCGUCCUGACAAAUGCGUUUGUAGGAUGUCUCACGUACACAUGGAGUGUGGAUAAUAGAAAUACUAGGGUGAUGUUCUACGGGCUAUUCCCAAUUUGGGGAAGGUACUUCCCUAUCAUUCAACUAUUCAUAUCGUUUUUGUUCGAUGACAGCGGGUUUGGAUUUACUAAUUUUGUCAUCACGCUCAUCGGCUUCAGCACAGGAUAUUUCUAUUCUUGCCUCGACACAAGAAGUCUUGGACCCAUCUACGGAUACUUGGCGAGUAAACCAUCUGGAUACGGAUACGUAGCUGCUGGCCAAUUCAGAGCACCCUGGUGGUUUGUUGGCCUCUGUGAUUUGGCGUUUGGCAAUAGCAACACUCAGGAUAGAUACCGUGUAAACGUGCCAUUUGGCAAGCAGAGAGAAUAUCACGGGAAAGGUCAGAGGUUAGGUACAACAAGAGCACAAACUGCAGAAAGAAUUCAAAUUGAGAACCCCAGAACGCGAAUCGCAGAGCCUGAAAGGAAUACUACAAGUGGAUUUUUCCCUGGCAAGGGUCAGCGUGUAGGAUCCAAGAAGAACGAGUAA